CCGCCGGCUACAUCUCCGCCAGUGUAGUCUUACACCGGCUUUCAUCGGAAUUACUUGCUACGCCCUCAGACCUUCAAUUCGUUAAGCUGGACAAAGCGCUUUCAGACGAGGACUGUACCGAUUAGGGAGUUGCAUUCUUCUUCUUGUACAGGGUUCGCUUCUAGGACGAGUGCAGCUCAUUGACCGCCACAGCCCGUCUUUCCGGCAACUGAUAGUAAGGAACUUUCUUUUGAUAUUUUUAUUUAUGGGUUUUAGUUCUUGAUAAUUGGGUGUUGUUUAAUUAUGUAUGGAAAAUGCAAUUUCUUUGUUUGAAAAAAAAAAUUAUGGAGUCCUCUGUCCUCUGUUUCAAGUCUGAGCCUUUGCUCUCCUUGCUGCUACCCUUAGUGUUUAGGGAAUCGAUACUUUUGGAAGAAAAUGGAUAUUUUCAAAGUUAUUGGGGGGAUGGAGGAGGGCUGCUGAGGGGAUUGGGUGUUAGAUUUAUGACAUUUGGUGUGAAGAUGUCAAUGAACCAACAGCUUCCUCACUUGUCUGAUCUCUCUUCCAAUAAGCUGGUAGGUGAAAUUCCAGAGGAAUUGAUAUCUUUAAUACAACUUUCUGUUUCGAAUCUUUCAAAUAAUCAACUGGUCGGACUCAUAGCACGGGGAAAACAAUUCAACACCAUUAGUAACGAUUCCUAUGAAGGGAACUUUGGAUUGUGUGGGUUUCAGCUGUCGAAAUCUUGGGAUGGAAAUGGGACAAAGGAGCAACCACCAGGCUCCUUCCACAGAAAAGAUGAGUUGUGGGGAUUUGGCUGGAGAGUUGUCUUGUUAGGCCAUGGUUGUGGAUUGGUAUUUGGAUUAUUGAUGGGUUAUCUUGCCUUUCGAACUGGAAAACCAAAAUGGUUUGUGACUUUGUUUGAUGGACAACCAAAUCAAAAUGGAAGGAAGAUGAAGAAAGCCAGAAGACAUGUUCAAAGAAGAAACCAGUUGCAGAGUUGAUGUUUUAGACCUUCUAAAUUAGUGUUUCCUAAAAAAAUAUUGCUCUUUUGAUUCAAUGUUUUGGUUUUGGAUGCCUUCUGUCUCUUGUUGUAGUAUCUCUGUUUUUUCAUAAAAUCAACGAGUUCUCUCUUUGUGCUUUGUAAUGCUGUCUCAAUUCUUAAGCUAUAUGGU